AUGGCCUUCCCAGCUAUGAUGGCAGCUUUUCUUCUGCUCCUCCUCGGCGCCUCUGCCUCCUCUCAGCUCACAGAUGCCGUCAACUCCUGUUGCCUUGGCCUUUACGAGAAGUACGGCGAGCAGCAGCAGCUCCUCAUCCCCGAGAGUGCCCAGUACGAUGCCUUUGACGAACGCUGGGCCACCAACACGCCACUCCUUCCAUCAUGCAUCUUCCUACCAAUCUCUGCCGACGACAUCGCUGCUGCGCUCUACAUGUUAAGAACAGGCGCUGGCAGUGGAAACUCCACAUGCCCAUUCGCUAUCAAGUCUGGAGGUCACGCCCCAUGGCCAGGCGCAAACGACAUUCACGACGGGAUCACAAUCGACCUCAGCUGGAUCAAUCGGACUGUUUUGGCCGAGGACAGAAGCUCUGUUCGCCUCGGCUCCGGUGCGCUGUGGUCUGAUGCCUAUGAUUCACUCAACGGUACAGGCAUUGCCUUCACGGGAGGCAGAAUUCCAGGCGUCGGAGUUGGGGGCUUGACACUCGGUGGAGGAUAUUCGUUCUUCAGCCCAACGCAUGGGUUCGUAGCCGACAAUGUGCUGAACUAUGAGAUUGUCCUCGCAUCGGGAGAGAUCACAAACGCCAACAAGACGCACCGCUCCGACCUCUUCAUGGCACUAAAAGGUGGUAGCUCCAACUUCGGCAUAGUCACCACUUUCGACAUUCUUGCCUUUGAAAACGCCGAUGUGUAUCGUGGGAUCCUCAUCUACCCAAUCGAUUCCACGUGUACCGUCCUGAAUAGCAUCGCCUGGUUCACCGAGAACAACAAAGAUGAUCCAGAUUCAAGCAUGAGCAUUGAGUUCAGCUUCAAGACCGGGUCGAACGACACGCACAUCCUCGCUGACAUUUCCGACACCAAGGACCUCGAUAACCACCCCGCCCUGCUACCUUUCCUCUCAAUCGUGCCACGGGUCACCAAAUCCCUUGGGGUCGAGCCCAUUGCGGGUUUUGCCCCUCAUCAUGACAUUGCUCCUGCGUACAGAUCUUUGAUGUCGACCGUGACGUUUGUGCAAAACAGCACCCGGAACUCGAAUAUUCUCGAGGGCGUCCACGAUAUCACUCUCGACACUUUUCAUAAAUACUCCCAUGUGCCUGACUUGGAAUGGAAAUUCGUAUACACGCCCAUUCCAMGGUUCUACUCCGAUCACAGCACCAAGCUGGGCGGAAACAUGAUGGGAUUGAACAACACGAAGGAAAACCUUAUCAUGGUUCGCCUGAAUCCGCAUUGGAAAGACGCGGACUACGACGGAGAGAUUUAUGAGGCUGCGCAAGUCUGGCUCGCCGCAGUGCAGGACUACACCAACGCCCUCGGGAUGUCUCAUCCGUUCGUCUUCCUGAACAACGCCGCACCGUUUCAGGACCCGCUUGGAAGCUAUGGUGCUGAGAAUCUUCAGUUCAUGCGAGAUGUCUCCAAGAAGUAUGACCCGGAUCAAAUCUUUCAGACGCUGGUUCCGGGUGGGUUCAAGCUCAGCAAAGCUGGCGCUGGCUCACAGAGGCUUUGA